UGGCCAGACUUACAGAAAGAAUGAAGGAGAGGAGAAAUAAAGAGAUUCAGAUCAUCAGGUGUGAGACAUGGCGCUGAGAGCCGCUCUUCUGAAGAGUAUCUGGUACGCCUUCACGUCCCUGGACACCGAAGACAGCGGCAAAGUGUCCAAAUCACAGCUCAAGGUUCUGUCUCAUAACCUCCACAGUGUUUUGAGGAUUCCUCACGACCCUGCGGCGCUCGAGAGACACUUCAGUGAUGAUGACGACGGUCCUGUAUCCAGUCAGGGGUACAUGCCCUACCUGAAUCAGUUCAUACUGGACAAGGUGAUCGAGGGGACCUUCGUUAAGGAGGAAGUUGACGAGCUGUGCUGGACUCUCUGCUCUAAGAAGAACUACCGUCCCGAUGCGCAGCGGGUUCUGUCCAAUCAGGACUCCAUGCGGCUCUGGUGUCUCUUUAACUUCCUGGCGGACGACAGAUAUCCUCUCACACUCGUGCCGGAGGAGGCGGAGUAUCUGCUGAGGAAGGUCAGCAGUGUGAUGCCGGUGGAGCUGACCUGUGUGGAGCUGGAGGAGUUCCUGUCGCAGGACGCUGUACAGAAGGACGGUCUGAGCGUCUGGAGCUUCCUGGACGUGGUCAACACGGCCGCCGUCAGCCGAGGACUGGAUGGAGACAGCAUCCGUGUGGCUGUGGAGAAGGUCUACAGGGAGAUGGUGGGGAACGUGCUGAAGGAGGGCUAUCUGUGGAAGAAGGGUCACCUGCGCAGGAACUGGACGGAGCGCUGGUUCUGUCUGAAGCCCGGCUCGCUCUCGUACUACAUCAGCGAGGACUGCAGGGACUGUAAGGGUGUGAUCGAGGUGGACCAGAACUGCUGCGUGGAGGUGCUGACGGACCGAGACGGGAAGAGAUGCAUGUUCUGUGUCAAGACGCUCAACAAAACCUUCGAGAUCAGCGCGCCAGACUCCAGACAGAGACAGGAGUGGAUCACCGCGCUCCAGACGGCUCUGCGUCUCUCCGCUGAAGGCCGGGUCUCGCUGCACGAGGAGCUGAAGGAGCGGCGGCGGGAGCUUCGAGAGGAGCGGGAGAGGAGGCGUCCGCUGCGGGCGGAGGAGACGCGGAGGCUGACGGAGCUUCAGGGGGAGCGUGAGGAGCAGCUGGCGGAGCUGGAGCUCCUGAAGGAGGCGCAGAGACAGGCCCAGGCCUCGCUGCAGCACGAGGAGCAGAGGAGACGCAGUCAGCACGAGGAGCUGCAGAAGACCCUGCAGAGACAGCUACAGGAGGCACAGGAGGCGCGGGCGAAUCUACGUGCAGAGGUGGCGGUUCGCGAUCUGGAGGCCGAACACCAGCAGCGGAGAAUCAGAGAGCUGGAAGAUCUUCAUCACAGACUACAGGAAGCUCUAGAGCAGCAGAUCAGAGCGAGACAGGAAGAGGAGACCUACAGAUACACACAGACCAGGCUGCUGGCGGAGGAGGAGGAGAAGGUGAAGUCUCUGCUGGCGCUGCAGGAGGACCAGGAGGAGCAGCUCCAGCAGACCCAGCGUGAGAAACAGGAGCUCCUGCAGGAGAUGGAGAAGAAGUCGCAGGCUCUGGAUGAGGCCCAGCAACAGCUGGACAAAGUGCGAGCCAGCCGACGCAGAGUGGACCAGGACAUCGCGGCCGCGCAGCGCAAACUCCGACAGGCCAGCACAAGCGUCAAACACUGGAACGUGCAGAUGAACCGCCUGAUGCACCCCAUCGGCCCUGGAGACAGGAGAGGGUCUUCUAGUAAUCUUCUCGCUCCUCCAGUCCGCAUCCCCUCGGUCAGCGAGAGCGAAUCCAGACCUCCACAGAAACAGAACAGCCUCCACUGUGAGAGUAUGGACUGCGGCGACAACGAAAACAAAGAGCCGACUGACGCUGAAGCUGUAUAAACCUGACAGAAAUUAGCACAACUGACAUAGCACUUCAUAAACUUGAAGAAAUUGUUCAGUCUAUAGUGAAAAUGUGCUGAAAAUGUGUUCAACCCUCAGGCCGUCCAAGAUUUGUUUCCUCUUCAGAUGUGUAGAAAUGCAGCAUUGCAUCAGUGUAUCCUCAAUGGAUGCUCUGCAGUGAAUGGGUGCCGUCAGAAUGAGAGCUGAUAAAGACAUCACAAUAAUCCACAGCACUCCAGUCCAUCAGUGAACAUCUGGAGAAGACAAAAGAUGAAACAAAUCCAGCAUUAAGAUGUCUUAAUGACAUUGACUGAUGGACUGGAGUGCUGUGGAUUAUUGUGAUGUCUUUAUCAGCUCUCAUUCUGACGGCACCCAUUCACUGCAGAGCAUCCAUUUGUUUAUCACAUUUUCAAGCACAUUUUUAUUUUUUUUAGUUCACUAUUCUUUAUGAAAUUGACUGUGAAUGAAGCAUAGCUGAAAUCAUAAUUGAAACUGAAAUAUAUUUUCCUUUUUGUUGUUAUUGCUGUAUGAUUUGUGGUGAAGCAGCUGUGGUUUGACUUCCUGUUUCCUGUGUGAGCAGAAGAUGCUGAGCUCGUGAAGAUGAACUGUGCUCUUUAUCUCUCACUUACUGUCACGAGAGGAAAAUAAACGAGUGGAAAAACUAAA